CGCCGGGUAACGCCAUUUUCACGUACCGAGUCCGCCGUCACUGACCGGGUGGGCUGUCAUCUCGGCUUACCGCUUAACUUUUUGUAGCCCCAUAAAGACACUAUUCAGUUCGCUUUAUCGACGCGUUCCUGAUAUGGAACUUCAGGACAACCAGUUUUGUUUUUUUGGCAUGGCUUGCUUUUAACAGGUAACUUGCUAGCUAGCUGUGUAGCUAGCUAAUGGUUACCUCAGUUGAUGCAGUGAAUCCAGCGCUACCGCAACGCAGAGGGAAUUUGGAAAAAUAACCUCUGUAUAUAAGGUUAUCGACAAAAAUCGUCGGCGAAAAGGAACGUCAGCUUCGUUUAAUAAAGAAACGCAGCUGAAAAAAACGGAAAGGACUCGAACCACUAACAUUUGGCUAAACUGGCAGCGGAUGUCCUAGAGAACGGAUGCGUGAGGACAUGUCCACCAUGGUGUGCAUGAAGGAGGAGGACGACUCUGGUGAGAAGCUAUCCCAGGAUGAGAUAAUUUCCAGGACCAAGCAGGUGGUCCAGGGGCUGGAGGCUUUAAAGCAGGAGCACCACUCUAUCUUGGAGGGCCUGUUAAGCACACUGCGCUGCCUGAAACAGGAUGAGGAAGGUGUCGUGGUUGAGGAGAAAUCCCACAUGAUCCGCAAGUCCCUGGAGAUGCUGGACCUGGGGUUGAGUGAGGCACAGGUAAUGAUGGCGCUGUCAAGCCACCUGAGCGCUGUGGAGUCAGAGAAGCAGAAGCUGCGGGCUCAGGUACGCCGGCUCUGUCAGGAGAACCAGUGGUUAAGGGACGAGCUGGCUGGUACGCAGCAGAAACUGCAGAAGAGUGAACAGAGUGUGGCCCAGCUGGAGGAAGAGAAAAAGCAUCUAGAAUUCAUGAACCAGUUAAAGAAAUAUGAUGAGGACCUGUCCCCAUCCGAGGAGAAGGACUCUGACUCCAAUAAAGAGACUCUGCAUGAUCUCUUCCCUGAUGAUCAUGAUGACCAAGCUCCAGGCAUCUCUACAUCUCCAGCCCAGCAUCCUCACAGCAGUGCAGCAGCUGCAGCCGCCCAGCAGGGAGGAUAUGAGAUUCCAGCCCGUCUGAGGACCCUCCAUAAUCUGGUGAUCCAGUAUGCCUCUCAGGGCAGGUAUGAGGUGGCUGUGCCUCUCUGCAAACAGGCCCUGGAAGAUCUGGAGAAGACCUCUGGACAUGACCACCCAGAUGUAGCCACCAUGCUCAAUAUCCUUGCUCUUGUUUAUAGGGAUCAGAACAAAUAUAAGGAGGCCGCCAACCUGCUCAAUGAUGCUCUUGCCAUCAGAGAGAAGACUCUUGGCAGAGACCAUCCAGCUGUGGCAGCUACCCUCAAUAACCUGGCUGUCCUGUAUGGGAAGAGAGGAAAGUACAAGGAAGCGGAGCCUCUGUGCAAAAGAGCGUUGGAAAUUCGAGAAAAGGUGCUGGGGAAGGACCACCCAGAUGUGGCCAAGCAGCUGAACAACCUGGCCUUGCUCUGUCAGAACCAGGGAAAGUAUGAUGAGGUGGAGUAUUACUACAUGAGAGCUCUAGAGAUCUACCAAACCAAACUGGGACCUGAUGAUCCCAACGUGUCCAAGACCAAGAACAACCUGGCAUCCUGUUACCUGAAGCAAGCAAAGUUCAAGCAGGCUGAGACUUUGUAUAAAGAAAUCCUCACUCGCGCUCAUGAGAGGGAGUUUGGCUCUGUCGAUGAUGAGAACAAACCAAUAUGGAUGCAUGCAGAGGAGAGAGAAGAGCAAAGCAAAGGGAAACCGAAGGAUGGCUCACCAUUUGGAGAAUAUGGAGGCUGGUACAAAGCUUGUAAAGUAGACAGCCCCACAGUGACCACGACCUUGAAGAACCUGGGAGCCCUCUACAGGCGGCAGGGCAAGUUGGAGGCAGCAGAGACUCUGGAGGAAGCUGCCAUGCGUUCCAGAAAGCAGGGUCUAGACAGUGUGCAUAAGCAACGCGUGGUGGAGGUCUUGAGUGAGCCGGAGGCUCGAGAGAAACAGCGAAGCCGUGAAAGUUUGAACUCUGACACGGUGAAGUACGAAAGCAGUCCAGAUGGUGGGGAAGAAGUGAGUAUGUGCGUGGAGUGGAAUGGGGACGGCUCCGGCUCUCUGAAGAGGAGCGGCUCCUUCAGUAAACUACGAGCAUCGAUCCGCCGCAGUAGUGAGAAACUGGUCCGCAAGCUGAAGGGCGGCCCACCACGAGACAGUGAACCCAAAAACCCCGGCAUGAAGCGAGCCAGCUCUCUGGGGGUUCUUAACGUGUCGGACAAGGCUGCCAGUGAACUCUACCAAGAACGAAAUUAUCGUCUGAGAAAAAGCCGCGACCUGAGUGCCAGCCAAACUGACCUGGCACAUUGAAGGUCGUGGUGACGAGCGGAGUCUGAAAGGUCACAGAGGCCACCACAAACGGGACAAGCCUCCGAUCCUUCACCUUGUAAAUAAGUGUUUGUGACUCUUCACGUGUCCCUUGUGUUUCCAUAACAACCUGACCACCACCUCCACGUCACUAUACGGUUUCAAAUUUUUGUUGCACUUUUAAAGGCGCUGUUUGUGCUGUUAGAGGGUUUGUUGUUGUGGACACGUGGUGGAGGACAGAGAAGACAAGUGUGCUGUGGGUUUCUGAUGGUCCUUCCUGCCUGUAUGUGCACGUACUGUAUGUGGUCGUAUGUUGUGGCGUGUUGUGAGAGUGGUUUCCCAUUGACUGUUUUCAUCAUUUGUCUUUUUUGCUGCAGCUUCGGCGAAGCAAAGAGUACAAUAAUAAUCUCAUUGGUUUAUGCAAACCUCAGUAGGCGGAGCUUAAACUGGUGCAGCAUCCACUUGCCUGUAUUCUGACAUUUCAAUCAACACAGAUCUUUAAGGACGAGCUCUCACACAGAUUGCACUGAAGCAGCCUGUUCGGUACCGAAUUGUAUUCACGAAAACAGCGGACUUGCUAAGCGCUGCACGUUUGCAAAUGUCGAAUACAAAGAAAUGUCAUUUGUCACAUUAACUGUUUAAACUGGGAGAGAGCAGAGGCAGCACCUGCUACAGAAACUUUACUGCUACAAGUUACACCCGACACAUUCCGCACCUGUCUUGCAGAGAAAAGAACCUGCUCCCACCCUGAAGGGAAAGGAACGUGGCCAGCAAUCAUUCCUUUCCGUUUAAAGUGACAAACACAGAAAUAAGUUGACCUGAAAAUGGGGUGUUUAUCAUAUGCACCCCCUUUCUGUAACAUUGGUGACUACAAAUCUAAAUCUGUUUUAAAGCCAGAUGGUGUAUAAAGUAAUAAUUUAAAUUAUAAAAUCCACAAGACAAGAAGGUACCAUUAGGGACUGAGAAAGUGUGUAGGAAGCUCGUGCUUUCCUUAUCUGCAAAACCAUGAUAUGCCUACUUGUAUAGCUGAGGAUAUCUGUGCUACUGCAUGCUUUGUGUUUGUUUUGUUGAUUUGGCCAGUAAAGAGUCAUAGAAACAAAAUAUGUAAAUAUGACAACAUUUAAAACCAAGGAUAAUGUAAAAAAAACACCCAAACAAACAAGAAAAAUGCUCAUUUCCAAUGUGUUCCUUAGUAAAAACGAGAUAAUAACCUAAAAUAACAAAUAUAAUAAAUAAAUACUGAAGAUAAACUACAGAAAAGUCACAACUAUCUAAAACGUUUUACAGACUAAUAGAAUAAAAAGGACAAGACCAGGAUGAAAUAGAAUAAAAAUAAAUAAAGCCAAUGAUUCUUGAUGUACAAGUUGGUGAUACAUUACACACAGUCAUCACACGCUCACAAUGCUCAGUCACCAAAGAAUAAAUCAAUGAAAUGCUCAAAAGACCAACAAGUUUUUAAAAAUUUCUUGACUUUUUACUGUGAUCUUGUGUGAACUGCAUUACAUUAGCUGUAAAACAACAAAUAUUGAAGUAAUCAUUUUUUUUUUAAAUCAUUAACUUAUUAGAUUUUGUGAAGCUAUUAAUUUUUAAUUUGUUAGUGCAGCUGCAAAAUUCACAUAGAUGAGAGAUUAGAUUAGAUAGAACUUUAUUGAUCCCUUGAGAAGACUCCCUCAGGGAAAUUGAGGUUCUAGCAGCACACACAACAUCAAAAGUGAAUGUGGGAAAAAAAGAAAGAAAUUGCCACAGUUGAAAAUUGAUGAUAGAGACAAAUGUUUAUUGACAUUUUAAUUUGUCAGUUCUACUUUUUUGGCUCCACCCACUGUGGUUUAACACACCAAUGAGAUCAUUUGUGGUACACCUUUUGAGAAAUGUUUUUACAUGUAAAAGAGGCAUGUAUGAAAAGUACUUGUUUAAUGAUUUUUGUUGACCAGCCUGGAUUUUUGAAGAAAACCACUGCAAAUCAAUAUUUAUUAUGCAGCCUUUUGGUAAGAAAGAUGUUUUUGAACAAAUUAGGAGACAUUUUAGAAUAUUUGAAUCACUUAUGAUAAAUAAUUCUGUAAUUGUGCAACUUUAUGUUCAGUCUUAAAGUUUAACCUGACCAUUUUAACAAAAUAUGAGCUGGGUUUCGGCUCCCCUAAACCAGAGACAUUUUUAUCUUGAUCUAAAACCCAGAACAGUCCAGCGUUGGAAAUGUGCAGUGUUAACCUGUGUUUGGAAUAUUCAUCAGUUUUAGGAUGAUGAUGUGUUUUCCUAAAAAUUUUCUGUACUGUGUUAAUUUUAGUGGUAGCUUUUGACAUAUAAGAUUCUAUGUUUACAGUUGGGUUUUUGUAAAUGUUACUACUUUCUGCUGCUCUGAAGAGUUUCUUAGUAUCUUUCUGUUACAAAAAGCCUUGAUAAUGGUAGCGCUGUAACAAGGCAGGAAGAUGGUGCUGAUGGCGCGUGGAGGCGACUGACACAUUCUCAGGACCAAGGUUUCACACACUGAUUGUGAGCUUCAUAAACACACUUUCACUGUUCAUUCGUGUAAUCAAUGCACUGAUAUACAAACCCAACCCAGUCACUUUAAGGACCUAUAAAUCCAGUCUGAAAAGUACGAACUAUUCCCGAGAAUCAUCAGACUUAAUUUGUGAAUAUUAAAUAUAGAUUGUUUGCACUAUUACCAAAAUAAUCUUACUUGUUAAUACCAGUGUGGGACAGUUAUUUCCAAGGCAGCCUGAUUAACUACAAUGUAUCAAACAAUUUUAUAGGAUGUACUGUAAUUAACAUUUAUAUAUCAAAUGUUGGAAUCACAUUGAUUGAAUGUUUUAUAACGUAACAGAAUUAGUCGUAUUGAACCAAUGUGAUUAUUCCAGAAUGUUCCAAUGUUAAAAGAGGGUGACAACAGCCAAAUCAUUUUACACAUCUACAUCCAGUUUAAGAAAUUUAGCAUUUUCUGUUUGAAUGUAGGCAACAUUAUUGACUUAUGUUCAUGGACUUCAUCCUGAACAGCAGGUUUUGGAUGUAGAGCACUUUAGAUAUAAUUUAACAGAUACCACACAAAAAAGAUAUCCAAAGUUUAAUUUAAAAUUUGAAAUAAAUCUGCUUAUGGCACUUUGUCACAACAACUGAGGGUACAAUGCUCUAAUUCUAAAUUUGUGUUGCAUCGUACAAAUUGCACCACGAUGUAAAUACUGAAGGAUAAAUCGUAAAUAUGCCUUUAUUUAGAGUAUGUCAAAACAUUUGAAGUUUUUCUUUAGUAAACUUGACUUCUCAAAGUAUAAACAUGAUGAUGGACUGAUCGUUGUUCUAAACUUUGUGUCAUUUCUUGUUUUAAAUACUGAAAAGUCCAUUUGUUGACCUGAAAUUAUUCAGAUGAAGUUGAUAAUUCACUUUUUUCACACAAUUCACACAAUGUCCUUUUUUUUUUUAAUUAAAAACAAGUUUUCUUCAACAUAACUUUUUACCUUUAAAAUAUUGUAACUUUGCGCUUGUGUGGCAAAGUCUUACUUAUUCCUGCUUUAAUGAGUCAUGAUGGAUUUGCAUUAGAAACAGACUGGCCAAAACAAAUUUCUCAGUUAACAAAUGCAUUUUAUUUUCUCUUUUUUUGUCGACAGUUGACUUGCAGAAGCUAUGAGAGCACUUUUGUCACGGGUUUGCGAUGAGCUUUUGUUUGAUGCUGGAAAUGAUUUCCUGUGCACGUUACUUGUUACACAGUCUGAUCAGUGCAUGUGGAAAACACAAAGUGUGUGGACCUAAAGAGACACAUAAAGGCUUUCAUUCCAAAAUGCUGUAUAUCCUUAAAAAUGUUACCUGUUUGCAUCGACCAAAUAAAUAUACAGGCGACUUUAACCUAGAAAUGUAAAUAUAAAGUCUGCAUAGGUUUGAAAACUUCCAAAUGAUUAUUGCCUCUGUAUAUUAGCAAAAAUUACUUUUAGUACUUCUUCAAAUAGUUGGAUCUCUCUUUUUGGAAUGAGAUUCUUACUUUGUCUUUAUAAUGGGGAUUUCAUUGAUCAUCUCUGUUUGACACUGCUGAUUAGAGAUGAGAACUUUGAAAUUUUAUUGACUGUUGAUCAGUCUGCUGUUUAACCUGUUGAUGUGCUUUUUUAUUUUCUUUGUCUUUAUUGUCUUACUGUCAAAGCUGCACACAGUAAUGAGGCACAUACUGGACGCAG